UCUAAGCACUCCCGCGUUUGACAUUGCUUCGGAUAAUAAAAUUUAAACUCUGCAUUUAUCCUAACUUCUCUUCCUUCUCCACUUCUCACAUUCCUUCAAGAUGGUUGCCGCAAAGAAACAUCAAUCAACAUGCUUGGUACGCAGCAGUAUCAAUAUCGAUCAAAUGUUUGCCGUCCCGCAUGUAGUUCGACCGGGCGAAACACUUUCAUCAACAGAAAUGCAAUCUAGACCGGGCGGAAAAGGUGCAAAUGUGAGCGCAGCAGUGGCUUUAGCCGGUCAAAAGGUGAUCAUGAGUGGAGCGGUUGGAAAAGAUGCAGAAUGGCCGAUUGAUGAAUUAGAUAGUCGUGGUGUAAAAACAGACAAGAUUCAAGUUUUUGAUUCCGUUCCAACAGGUCGUGCAUUCAUUCAAGUUGCAAAAGAUGGUGAAAAUUCAAUCGUUUUACUUAAAGGUGCAAACUUUUAUCCAAACGAACAAGCUGAUGAUCCCAAAAAAGUUUUUGAUUCUUGUGCUUCUUCUCAUUCUCCAAUCACACAUCUGAUCUUGCAAAACGAAAUUCCACUAGAAACGACAAAGGCGUUCCUUCAUCAUGCUCAUCAACAAAGGGAAACAAGAUGUAUCAGCGUUUUCAAUCCUUCUCCUAUGCUUGUGGAGGAAGAAGUAAGAAAGUUUGCAUGGAACGAAGUUGACGUUCUCAUCGUAAAUGAAGGCGAAGGUGAAGAUCUAUUAAAGGCAUUAGGCACCAAUGCUCAAGGUGAUGUUCUGGAUACACUUGCAAAUGUUUCGCAACUCAAGGAAGUCAAUUAUAUCGUCAUGACAAAAGGUUCCAGAGGAAGUGCAGCAUACGUUAGACCCUUCAAGCAAGACAAAUCAAAAGUAUCGCAAAUUCAAAGAACCAGAAUCGAUGUUCGUGCAUCUAAACCCAAACAAGUCGUAGAUACAACAGGAGCAGGUGAUACGUUUGCUGGUAACUUGGUAGCUGGUUUGAUGCGAUUACACGACGAUCAAGGCGAAGUUGAAGCAAAUGAGAAAAAGGCAAUCGAAGCAGCACAAGAAGUUUUACGAUGGGCAGGAGCGGCAGCAGCAAUGGCGGUAGAAAAGAAUGGAGCAAUGGAGAGCAUACCUAGGUUCGAAGAUGUUCAAAAACGAGGAAAAGAACUUUUGGGCUAAUGUAUAACUAUCAAAACGCAUCUCUUUUGUUAUUCUGUUUUCAUAAUUCCGCUGUAUUUGCAUGAACAUUGAGUCAUUGUGAAAUAUGAAAAAAUGCAGGAAGACCGAAUAAAGUAACACAUUAAAAACAUUUUACGGUAAUGAUGCAAAGCUUGGAUGGUGAGAUU